AUGAACACCCCACACCACCAAAUCAACAUCCAUCACACCCCAGAUGCCCGCCACAAUCCCAGUGAUCGUCUACCGGAUGACCGUCUACGAGAUGGCCGCCAUAAUCCUGACAGCCGUGUAGAUGGCCGCCAUAAUACUGGCGGACAUCUAAUGAAUGUCCGCCAUAAUCCUGAUGGCCGUAUAGACGACGGUCAUCAGGUAACAGGGAAUCAUAAUGCCUUUUACAACAAACACCAUGUGAAAGAAAGUCUAACCACUCGUGUAACAAAGCUAAUAUGCGGGAUUUUUCUUGGUAUUUUGUUCACGGUUGGCCUAGCAACGUUCAUUUUAUGGCUAAGUUUGCGCCCACAUCGUCCCCGGUUCUAUAUACAAGAAUUCUCCAUCUCUAAUUUAGCUAACCCUAACGGAUUUUCAACUGCCCGGAUAACAUUCAACGUGACUGCCCGAAACCCGAAUCUUGAUAUAGGCAUCUACUACGACACAAUGAAUCUAACAAUCUAUCAUCAAGAUCAAACAAUCGCGGAAUCACCAAUACUGUUUCCAUUCUAUCAAUCACCCAGGAAUGCACACUUAAUCUAUGGCACAUUGUCGGGACCCACAUUGAGGAUUGACCGGGUCCGUUGGGGGCAACUUUUUGAUGCCCGAAAACGCGGGGUAGUUCCGUUUAGGAUUGACGUGGCAUCAUCGAUUCGGUUUAAGGUAUCCACGUGGGACAGCAGACAUCAUAAAAUGCAUGCCAAUUGUGAAAUCGGGGUUGGGUCAAAUGGGGUGAUAUUACGAAGCGAUGAGAAAAAGAAAUGUCCAGUUUAUUUUACUUAA